CAUAGCAUAGUGUGCCGCGGAACUCAUGUGUGUGAACACGCGUAUUAAAAAUGUUUGUUUUUAGUUGAUAAUUGUUCUGAUAAUACUAAACAUGAUGGAUUAUGAAUUUAAGAUGAAAACACAAAAGGACCGCACGAAGGUUGAGGAUCUCUUCGAGUUCGAGGGAUGUAAAGUCGGAAGAGGUACUUACGGGCACGUAUACAAAGCCCGUAGGAAAGAAGGCGUACCGGAUAGUGAAUUAAAGUCUCGGCCUGAUACAAAAGAUUUUGGCCUUAAACAGAUUGAAGGUACAGGACUUUCAAUGUCUGCAUGCCGAGAAAUUGCUUUACUCAGGGAAUUAAAGCAUGUCAAUGUCAUUACCCUUAUUCGUGUCUUUCUCUCACAUAAUGAUCGUAAAGUGUGGUUAUUGUUUGACUUUGCCGAGCAUGACUUAUGGCAUAUAAUAAAAUUUCACAGAGCAGCAAAGGCUAAUAAGAAGCCAGUAAUGGUACCGAAAGGCAUGGUCAAAUCUUUAUUAUAUCAAAUCUUAGAUGGCAUUCAUUAUUUACAUUCCAACUGGGUUCUUCAUAGAGAUUUGAAACCGGCAAAUAUUUUAGUAAUGGGUGAAGGGAAUGAGCGGGGACGUGUGAAAAUUGCCGACAUGGGCUUUGCUAGAUUAUUUAAUGCUCCUCUUAAACCUUUAGCGGAUCUAGAUCCUGUUGUAGUAACAUUUUGGUACAGAGCUCCGGAAUUACUUUUAGGUGCCAGACAUUACACGAAAGCUAUAGACAUAUGGGCUAUCGGUUGCAUAUUCGCGGAACUUUUAACAUCCGAACCGAUAUUUCAUUGCAGACAAGAGGACAUAAAAACCAGCAAUCCAUACCAUCACGAUCAGCUAGAUAGGAUAUUUAAUGUGAUGGGAUUUCCACUGGAAAAAGAUUGGGAGGAUAUUAAAAAAAUGCCGGAACAUCCUACCUUACUCAAAGAUUUUAAAAGAUCAAAUUAUGCGAAUUGUUCGCUUACUAAAUACAUGGAUCGACAUAAGAUUAAGCCCGAUAGCAAGGCAUUUAAUUUGUUGCAAAAACUGCUGAUGAUGGAUCCAAACAAGCGUAUCACAUCGGAGCAUUCUAUGCAGGAUGCUUACUUCCAAGAGGAGCCACUGCCAACACAGGAUAUAUUUGCUGGGUGCCCUAUCCCUUACCCCAAGAGAGAAUUUCUCACGGACGACGACACCGAAGAAAAGACUGAAAACAAAGCAAGGCAAAAUCAGCAGCAAACGCAACAGCAAAAUCAACAGCAGCAAGGUAACGGUGAUCACAAUCAUGGACAAAAUGCGAAACGGGUGAGGUUGAACGGGCCGCACGGCGCUCCAGAGUUCCAUCAGCAUCAAAGUCACGCGAUGACGCAUCAGCAGCCGCCGGGGAUGGUCUACUCGACGGCCCAGCCGACGCAACCGUCGAACUUUCAUCAGCGUUUCUAAUUAUACUCUAAUCGACUUAUAAUCAGACCGACCGAUCCGAAUCAGGCCAAAACUUAAACUGUCACUAAUUGCAUUAAUUUAAUUAAUUAACGCCCUGUCAACAAAGCAGUAAGUGAUACGUGUAUAUUCCGUAUACAGUAUGAUAAUACAACUUUAUUUAUAUAUAUAUAAA